CACAACCGUGAACACUGUUAGCAUCGAGGCAUCAUCGUAAGCAUGCGCGAAUGUCAAUGGCAUUUGAACCUUUUUCGAAUUGUAUAGAUGGAAAGGAAACCCAGCAUAAGGUACGAGUGUUCAUCCGGCCGCGAUGGUCCGCGACAGACUGUAUUGAGCUCGUGUAAGUCAAAAAGGCCGGUCUACUUAAGAGUGAGUGCCAUUUGACCAGAGUAUAUAAUAUCACCAUGCAUCCACACAGCAUGUGUACAAUCAACCGCAAUCCUUGGUUCUCUAACUCAUGAUGGAACUCCCAACCACCGUACCAUCAAAGAAACCCAUUGUCAUCCUUGGUGGCUCUUAUGGAGGUGUAUCUACAGCUCAUUACCUUCUCAAGCAUGCCAUACCAGUCCUGACAGAUACCGUGGGGUACAAGGUCGUCCUCGUCAGUUCCUCAGCCCAAGUCAUGUGCCGACCUGCAUGCCCCCGAGCACUCAUAUCCGACGACAUGUUUCUCCAAGACAAGCUCUUUGUCGAUAUACCAAGCAUCUUCAAGCAGUACGACAACGAAAAUUUCGAUUUUGUUCAGGGAACCGCGAUGAGUCUCAAUCAUGUUGAGCGAACGGUCUCCAUCACCCCGAAAGGCAACGGCACCCCGGUCGUUCUUUCCUACCACGCCCUAGUGAUUGCGACAGGUGCAUCUUCACUUUCACCUCUCCUCGGCCUCAACAGCGACUCUGAAAGCCUGAGACAGAGCUGGGCUGAAUUUCGCAAAGCCUUGCCGCAGGCCAAGAAUGUCGUCGUUGUAGGCGGAGGGCCAGCAGGUGUCGAGACCGCCGGCGAGCUGGGCGAAUACCUGAACGGCCGGAAACCACACAGCCCCAAAGUUUUCAUCACCUUGGUCUCAUCUGCACCUGAAAUCCUUCCAGCACUCCGUCCUGCUAUUGCCCGCAAGGCAGAGGGCUAUCUUGCUCAAGUUGGUGUCACGAUUCUCAAAGGCGUUCGGGUCAGUGAUAUAGUACCAGCUUCAGCUGGUAUCACAGGAGUCGCGGCAAGUGCGAGGGUCACUCUGGAUAGUGGAAAGACGAUUGAGGCCGAUCUCUACAUCCCCGCAACUGGUACAAGACCAAACACAAGCUUCAUCAGCGACACUCUUUUGCUCCCCGAUGGCAGAGUAAACACCAACCCGCUCACCCUUCGCGUCGAUACAGCUGGACCACGCGUCUAUGCCGUCGGAGACGCAUCUUCCUUCGCCAGGCCAGCAAUCCAUAACAUCCUGAGUGCCGUCCUGGUCAUGUGCGCCAACAUCAAGCGGGACCUCCUCUUAGCUUCUGAAAAGCCGGAGAGUGCUACUGACAAGGACAGGUUGUUCGAGGAAGACGUCCGCGAGACUCAAUUGGUUACCGUAGGAAAGAGCAAAGGGGUCGGUGCUGCUAUGGGAUAUCAACUGCCCAGCUUCAUGGUGUGGAUGAUCAAGGGCCGUGAUUAUUGGUUGUGGACAACGGGGAAUCUCUGGAGUGGGAAGCAGUGGGCUAAGGAGUCCUGACUGCCACCUUAGAUCAUUAUUGAACCCACCGUGUUUCUUUGAUUUCUCUCCUCGUUAACAG